GGGGGUGGGGGUGGCGGCCCAGCCGCCGCUGAUGUUUGUGUGCAGGGAGCGCUGCUCCGGGAAGGCAGGCUGGCCCGGCUAGACGCCCGGGCCGGAACGAAGCUUCGUGCCGCCGCGCCCUGCAUUCCCGGUAAGACCAUGAAUUAUGGCAUUUCUAAGUGAAGCAUUCAGGAAUGAAGUGAAAGUCAUAACCUAUAGAAAAUAAAUGAUUUUCAAGUUAUGUCUGUUAAUUUGACUAUAGAUAUAUAUAUUUACCUCCUUAGUAAUGCAAGAAGUCUUUGUGGGAAGCAGAGGAACAAGCAACUGUAUUUCUUGUGCUCACCUAAAUAUUACUGGAGGAUAAGCCACAUCAGUCUACAGAGAGGUUUUCAUACAAGCAGAGUAAGAUGUAAAUGGACCAAAAGGGAAGCACAUCCUUGUAGUAAGCACUGUUACUCUUCAGGCAACCAUGCUUUCCAUAUUGGAAUUUUGAAACUUAGUACUUCUGCUCCCAAAGGACUUACAAAAGUGAACAUUCGUAUGUCCCGUAUUAAAAGUACUUUGAACUCUGUUUCAAAGGCUGUUUUUGGCAAUGGGAAUGAAAUGAUCUCACGUUUAGCUCAAUUUAAGCCAAGAUCUGGAAUAUUAAGAAAAGUAUCAGAUAGUGGCUGGUUGAAACAGAAAAAUGUUGAACGAACCACUGAAUCUCUGAAUAAGUAUAGAGACCAAUCCACAGACAAAAGUUCUUUUCCAGAAAAGAGGAGCCCUGUUAUUGAUAAAGACGAAGAUAUUGGUAAGCAUAGCCUUUUUCAUUAUACAAAUAGUAUAACCACAAAAUUUGGAGAAUCAUUUUAUUUUUUAUCAAAUCAUAUAAAUUCAUACUUCAAGCGUCAGUGGAAAAUGUCUGAAAAGAAGGACAGUAAGCAUCCUCUGGACAAAUUAGAAAUUGAAGAUAUAAAAGCUGACAAGAAAUCUAGUUCUCCAGAUGGUAGUAUCCUGAGUGAUGAGAAGCUGGACUCUGAAUCUUUGCACGCCGUGGACAAGCCCGGAAGUGCCAGCAAGGUCCCCGAGGUACCUCCAGUUUCUACCAAACAAAGCAUUGCCAACUUCCUUUCUCGUCCCACUGAAGGUGUGCAAGCUUUAGUCGGUGGUUAUAUUGGUGGACUUGUCCCCAAAUUAAAGUCUGACUCAAAGAGUCAGCCAGAGGAACAAGAAGAAAGUGUUAAAGCGGAGCAGGCGGCCAGCAAAGAGAAAAAUGCAGAGGAGAAAAAGCGUUUAUCUCUUCAACGGGAAAAGAUUAUUGCAAGAGUGAGUAUUGACAAUAGAACCCGGGCGUUGGUUCAGUCAUUGAGAAGAACAACUGACCCCAAACUCUGCAUUACUAGGGUUGAAGAACUCACCUUUCAUCUUCUAGAAUUUCCUGAAGGAAAAGGAGUGGCUGUCAAGGAAAAAAUCAUUCCCUAUUUAUUACGAUUGCGACAAAUUAGGGAUGAAACUCUUCAGGCUGCGGUUAGAGAAAUUUUGGCCUUAAUUGGCUAUGUGGAUCCAGUGAAAGGAAGAGGAAUACGGAUUCUCACCAUUGACGGUGGAGGAACACGGGGUGUGGUCGCUCUUCAGACCCUGCGGAAAUUAGUUGAACUUACUCAGAAGCCAGUUCAUCAGCUCUUUGACUACAUUUGUGGUGUCAGCACAGGUGCCAUAUUAGCAUUCAUGCUGGGAUUGUUUCAUAUGCCUCUGGAUCAAUGUGAGGAACUUUAUCGAAAAUUAGGAUCAGAUGUGUUUUCACAGAAUGUCAUUGUUGGAACAGUCAAAAUGAGUUGGAGCCAUGCAUUUUAUGACAGUCAAACGUGGGAAAACAUUCUUAAGGAGAGAAUGGGAUCCUCAUUAAUGAUUGAAACAGCAAGAAACCCCACAUGUCCCAAGGUAGCUGCAGUAAGUACCGUGGUAAACAGAGGAAUAACUCCAAAAGCUUUUGUGUUCAGAAACUAUGGCCAUUUUCCUGGAGUCAACUCUCACUAUAUGGGAGGCUGUCAGUAUAAAAUGUGGCAGGCCAUCCGAGCCUCAUCUGCUGCGCCGGGCUACUUUGCAGAGUAUGCAUUGGGAAAUGAUCUGCACCAAGAUGGAGGUUUGCUUCUGAAUAACCCAUCAGCAUUAGCGAUGCACGAGUGUAAAUGUCUCUGGCCUGAUGUCCCCUUAGAGUGCAUAGUAUCCCUGGGCACUGGGCGCUACGAGAGUGAUGUGAGGAACAAUGUGACACAAACGAGCUUGAAGACCAAACUGGCCAACGUCAUCAACAGCGCGACAGACACUGAAGAAGUCCAUGUGAUACUUGAUGGUCUGUUACCACCUGAUACCUAUUUCAGAUUUAAUCCUGUAAUGUGUGAAAAUAUACCUCUAGAUGAAAGUCGAAAUGAAAAGCUGGAUCAGCUGCAGCUGGAAGGGUUAAAGUACAUAGAAAGAAAUGAAGAAAAAAUGAAAAAGCUUGCAAAAAUAUUAAGCCAAGAAAAAACAACCCUACAGAAAAUCAAUGAUUGGAUAAAACUAAAAACUGACAUGUAUGAAGGUCUGCCAUUCUUUUCAAAAUUGUGAUGAGUUGUACAUCUGUUAUCAUAAAUGAGGUCGUGCUCAGAAGAUCCACCAAAUUCAGCAAGGAGUUGUGAGGGUCAGCGUGCAUUACCUUUGAAAUAUUCAUGAAUUCUGGAGAGUCCUGAAAUAGACAAUGCUUGCACCAGCUUGCAUAUCACAGAGGGAAUGCUGGAUUACAGAAUUCAUUUUGGAAUUAGGUUUUUCAUGAUGUUCAAUAAUUUCAGAAAUCACCAUUGUAUUAGUUGGUUUUAGUAAGAUAUGAUAUUGUUUGAGGUUUGAAAAUAUAUCAAUAGAUGUGCCAAAUAAGAACUGAAAAUAUCAUACACUCUGUAGUUUUGCUUUAGUCACCAUCAUCAUGUUGAAGAUAAUUUAUCAUCAGUUUUCUUAUGAAAAUUCAUGAGUAGGAAAGUUAAUUUCUUAAUGUACAUUAUUUUCUGUUUACCCCCACACAGUAGCUACAUUCUACAAUCCAAAAGUUCCCCUUUACUUAUGUAUCCAGACAUAUGCAGGAAAAAAUGGAAUUUUUCUGUCAAAGAACAUUCACAUUUGAAAUAUGAAAGAACAAGUAUACUUUUGUAUGCAGAAUUUGAUUAUUGUAACAUUGUUUAUUUAGAUAAGUGACUGCCUUUACCCCUAAAAUUUCAAAAUAAUGUAACUUGACUUUUUAUGCUCUAGCAUCUUAUUCAGUGUUGUAAAAUUAAUUGAAUAUACCGAGAAAAGAUCCUGAUCAUCAAGAAAAAUAAAAUAUUGAAAUCUAUUGUUAAAAGCUAA